UGCAACAUUUGACAAAAUAUUUGUUAUUCUACGCUUAGCAUUCCCUUAUAAAAAUUAUUAUUAUUAAAUGGCGGACGACCUCCAAAACUACAAAUUGCAAUUGCAACAGGUGGAAGCAGCUCUUCAAACCGAUCCAAAAAAUUACGAGCUCUUGAAACUCAGAAGUGAUCUUGGUGAAGUUAUAUGCCUUACUCGCGAUCUGAUACAAACUCAACUAGAGGAACAGAAUAAGUCCUCAUAUGUGGAACCGUCAUCAACUAAAACAGCGUCCUCUAACUAUUUUGACGAAAUUGAAGCUGCUCUUUUAGAAGCAGAAAAACUAGUGUCGGCUGCUAGGACUUGGAAGAUUGGAGACAAGUGUCAAGCUAAAUGGAAGGAGGAUCGUCAGUACUACGACGCAACUAUUGAAGGUAUAUCAAGCAACGGAGACGCCAAUGUAAUAUUUGAUGCCUAUCAAAAUCGUUCAACCAUUCACGUCAACGAGUUACGAGAACGAAAUAAUCGCAACGAAGUUUUUCCCUCAAACAAGCGUCAUAGACCCAAUCAAAAGGAAUAUUUAAAAAAACGCAAACAAAAAAAGCAACAGCGUUUCAAGGAUUUGGAAGAAGAGCGCGAAUCGGACAAAAAUAAGUGGCUUCACUUUACGAAUAAGAAUCAAAAAAAAGGAAUGAAUGCAAAAAGUAUAUUUGCCUCUCCAGAUAAUGUAAGUGGCAGAGUAGGGGUCGGUACAUGUGGAACUGCAGGAAAAGGCAUGACUGACUUUACAAUAGGCGAAAAAUACAGAAAGGGUCUUUAAUGUACUAAAUUCACUAAUUGAGUGCAUGUUAAAAUAAAACUGAAAAUUAAAAAUGUAAUUUAAAAACCAUAAAAAUAUGGAACUAGCACAA